UAACGUGCAGACAGUAUGGCGGACGAUGGGGACGGCAGGAGUGGAGCAGCAGCGGGCGACACAAGCGGCGGGCAGGGCGCGACGAGCACAGAGGAGCUGGAUCCAGGGCCCGGUGUCGGCGGCAUGCUGCUCAACAUCAGCAUUUUAAUCCUCGUGUUGGCCGUCUGCUACGGCGUGUACCGGCGGUGGCUGAGGCGGUCGGGCGCGGACGCGGCCGCGGGCAGUGAGGCCUCGCCUCUGCCCAAGAUGGGCAGGCGCGACUUUACCCUGGAGCAGCUGCGGGAGUACGACGGGGUCCAGAACCCGCGCAUCCUUAUCGCCGUAAACAUGAAGGUGUUUGACGUGACCAGCGGCAGAAAGUUUUACGGACGCGAGGGUCCGUAUGGAAUCUUUGCGGGCCGGGACGCUUCUCGUGGUUUGGCUACGUUCUGUCUGGAGAAGGACGCUCUGCGGGACGAGUAUGAUGACCUAUCGGACCUCAACGCGGUUCAGAUGGAGAGCGUCAGGGAGUGGGAGAUGCAGUUUAUGGAAAAAUAUGACUACGUGGGCCGUCUGCUGAAGCCAGGUGACGAGCCGUCGGAGUACACGGACGAGGAGGACAUUAAGGACCAUCUGAAACACGACUGACGUGCUCCACCCGCACAGCGACCAAAGCCUGAGACUCAGACCGCUACCAUCCAACCAACCUGCCACUCAUAGCCCUAAUUACCACCUUUACCCCACUGCAUCUACCCCAGAUUACCCCUCUCUAUGGCAACAAUAAAACUCCAGGCAGGAGUUUUGGUACUGCAACAGCAGAAAGCUUUCAGCAACAACAGAGCUACAGAGCUCCAACCACUUACCCUGCUCUGCUUGGCAGUGGUGAUGUUUUGCCACUUCCUGAUUGGGGUAAUAAAUCUAUACUUGCUUCAAGGUAUCCCUUUACGCCUUGUUAAUAAACUCCUGCCGUAAUCCUUUCCUUUAUUUACCCAAGUGGUUCUCAGCCCCAGUCUUCUAGAGCCUGUGCUGCUUAUCAAACCUGUGAUAAUUUGUGAGUUUAGCACAGAAAGCUCAAAAUACAUUCAGUGCAGCAAGUUAGCCAGUUUAAACUGUGCUGGAUCUCAACUGCACAUGCAUCAUACAGUCACUUAGCAUGGACAGUAAUCUCCAUACCUUUCCCUGUGACUUGCACAGUGAAAGUUUCAUGCAAUUUUAGUUGCUUGAAACCUACAUGAAACUACGUUUACACUUGAGUUGCAUAAUGUAGCUCAUUUGAAACUCCCAGCUGUUUCAAGCAUCUCAACUUCACGGAACAAGUUGAGUUUCAAAGGAUUGAUUACAAACAGCAUCGGCUCGGUGGACAGGAAAAUGAAAGAAGACGGUCUUUUGGACACUUGACUUAGCCUAACGUGGAGUUAACUGAGGGAUGACAAGAAACAAACGAAAGUUUCUCAAAGCUUGCAUUUCUGUUAACUAGCCAGCUAAUGGUAACAGCUAUUUAAACUCUUCUUCUCUCUUUUUAGUAGCCAGUCUUUCAUCCACACUAGUUUAGCCCUUUUAGUUUUUCUUCAUCAGUUGUAUUUACAAGUAUUUACACAGUGACAACUUGAAGAAUUGUGCAAAGGUGAUAAAAAUGCUGCUAAAUAUUGACGUGUAGAUAAUUACACGACUCUGAUUAGUUCAUAUCGUAAGAACGAUUCACUAGAUCAGACAAUACAGGCUGUUUUAUUUGGCUCACUAGUGCAGUAACCAAAUGUUGGAUGUGACUGGUUGCAUGUAAGUUUCACCGUGUAAAGCCAGCCUUAGAAGAGAACAGGCAACACCUUGGCUCAAAACUGAGCUAAAAUAGAAGGUAAUAGGCAGUUGCUUCAUUGUUGUAAUGGUUUCGAAUGGUUUUAUGUUCAAAAACCAUGUCAGAAUUGUCCAUGGUAAUUGACUCUGAUGCACAAGAAGAGAUCAGUUUGAACGGUGCUGGAGUAAAGGCCCACGGUCAGGAGGGAAGAGGUCAGGAAAUGUGCUUAUUGGACAGUCCUCACUUUGGACUAAUGUGAUCCAGCUAAGUGAGGAAUCCUGCUCUGUGAUAUCACGCCCCUCCACCUGUGACUGGGCUUGAGAACCCCAUUGCUUUGCUUUUUGCUUUUUUAUUUCAUGGGCCCGUUGCUUAUGUUCCGUCCCAAUCCACCCAAACUCACUUGCCUGCUGAAAACAAGUUUACCUUUUUCCCUCCUCCCUGGAUUCGCCCCCAUUUUCCCUUAAGCCCUAUGCCCUUGCUCUAUAUGCCCUAAGCCCUUAACCCCCCCUGUACAGCGAAGCUACCCUGGGGCUUUUAAAUCCUGCACAUCUGCGUGUUUGGGUGACGGACUGAAAAUGUGAAAAGAUUUUUACAAAAAAAUGGAAUGAAACACUGAAAUCUCACACACAACCAGAUUGCUAUUCACUGGUUUCCUCGGGGACGUCACUGUUGAUAAACCCAGCGAGGGGAAGCCGUAUGCUAAUGGGAUUGAGAGAGAGGGAGAGACGGUUCAGUCCAAAAAAAAACUGGGUCAGGAAACACAGCUGGGUACAAUUUUUUUGAGUUUUUUUUGUUUGUUUGUUUUUUGUUUUUUUUUAAUUUAAACAGUUCUCUGUACUACAAUAACACACAGACAGACACACAGUCAUUCGUUUCAAGCUCAUUUUUUGGUGGGCUGUAUUUUAUUUCUGUUUCAUUUUAUUUGAAAUCAACUGAAAAGUGAAUCUGAGGUUAGAUGUUUGUAACAUUGGCCAAUCCAGAGGGUGGGGUGUAAUUUAGCAUUAGCCAACUACUAGCAUUAGUAGGUUACUUUUUGUGCACUUUUAGUGUCACGGUUUUGGUUUUGUCACAGUGUGAUUGUACACAUUUGGUUAAGUGGGAGAGGGGUUUUAUGGGCAGUAUUGGGUGUUGGGGGCAAAACAAAGCCUCUUAUUGCUUUGAACCACAUAUUCUUAAUCAGAAUUGCUGUUUGGAACACAAAGGGAAAUCGGUUUUUGUUUGGACAAAAUCAAUCGACUGUUUUACUUGUCUUGAUUCCUCUCCCUGCCCUUCCCCAUCCACCCCAUCAUGAAACAGUCUGAGUAGAAAUUGUGCCUUAUUUGUGUUCUUUUAUAUGUGUCGAAACAAAAAAAAACCCUGGACGGUGAAGACAGAAAGGAAGAAACAGGAAGAAGACUGGAGGGGAGGGUCAGGGUAGGGGGUUAAAAUGAUAUUCAAGCAUGGAGUAAAACAUAAAAAAACAAAAAAAAACUCGUCCCAUUCUCUCGUUCUGCUGUCGGUGUUAAAACGCGCCGUAACGCCCUCCCUUCUCAAACGUUCAGACGACCAAAAGGCAUGCUCCAAACCUGAGAGCCCCCCCCCCUCACCUCUGUGCAACCUUGUACAUAGACUUUACAAAGUAUUCAGUGUUACUGCCAUGUUUAUGUAGUUAAUGGACUCUAUGUACUACUGUGUUGUAUUGGCCAUAAGUCUAUUUCAUAUCUCUCUCUCUCUCUCUCUCUCUCUCUCUCUCUCUCUCUCUCUCUCUCUCUCUCUCUCUCUCUCUCUCUCUCGUCUUUUGUUUUCUUUGCUGAAGUUCUUUUUAAGUGUGGAAGACUUUUCAAAAACGAAUUGUAAGGCGUUUUUUCGGCAGGGCAGGGGGUGUGGAGGUUCAAACACUUUUUUGUUGUUUUUGUCUAUUUUUUGGGGUAGGUGGGUAGAGAGGGGUAGAAAAAAUGAGAAAUUCAAAAAAAAGUGGAUUCUGUAAAUAUGUGUAUCAUUUUAUUGAAGCAUGUGCAGCAUAACCAUGAGCUAAUGCUGUUUAUUUUUUUUUCUCCCACUUCACGUAUUUAAUUGUCAGGACUGUCUGUGUGAGCGCCUGCGUGUGGGGAGGAGGAUGAAGAGACAUGCUGAUGCAUAAACAAAUAAACAGAUUUGGAUAAUAAAAGUCAGUCUUGUGA